AAAAAAUGAUGGGAGGCUCUGGUCGGCUGUGCAUGUGCAUGUUCCUCCAUCCUCGUCUUCGAAUCCAUCGUUCCUUCACCUCUCGCGUCCCGAAGGACAAGGUCGAGGUCAUUCCCAGGCCUAAAGGAUGGCCUCUUCUCGGCACUCUUCCCGAAUUCCUCAGCAGUGGCUCUGUGUCGCGAAUCCACGAAUACGUGGACCGAAGGCAUCGUGAGUUGGGCCCCAUCUUUCGCGAUAGAUUGGGGUCGGUGGAGGCGAUAUUCGUCGCGGAUCCGGGGAUCGUGAAGGAAAUCUUCCGUCAUGAGGGGCCCUGGCCUCGCCAUCUCAUCCCGGAACCUUGGAUCAUUUAUAAUCGCAAGUUCGGCUGCCGGAGAGGACUCUUCUUCAUGGAUGGGGCCGAAUGGCAGGAGGAGAGACAACGAUUUGGCCGGUUUCUCCUAUCUCAGGCUCGAAUCGAAGCCCAUCAUCCACACUUCCAAGUUCUGUCCGACGACUUGGUCCUCGGGAAAUGGACUCAGCCCAUCGAAAACCUCGAGGAAGACCUCUAUAAAUGGUCCUUGCAAGUGGUGGGGAGCUACAUGUUCGGAGAAGACUUCCGGUUUCCCGAAGGGGAUUUGGAGGUACUCAUGCGGAAUGUGAGGGAACUGUUCCACCAGUCGGCCGCCAUGACACUCUUCCCUCCGAAAGUGGCUGCUGCCCUCCACCUUCCCGUCUGGACCUCUUUCGUCUCCGCCUUCCACUCUGCCCUCGCCAUCGUGGAGCAGAUGGUCAAGGAGAGGCUGGAGGGAUUUCAGAAAAAAGAACUGGGAAUGAAGGAAGACUUGUUGACGAAGGUCCUCGUGGAUCUGUUCCUAGCAGCCGCGGACACUACGUCCUAUACCCUCACCUGGUGCCUUCAUCUCCUCGCCACCCACCCAAGGAUUCAAGAGGAGAUUCGUAACACACCCCAUUUAGUAGGGGGAGUGGUGAAUGAAUCCAUGCGGCUCUUCCCCGUCGCUCCGUUCCUCACUCGAUAUCUACCUCGAGAUUCUAUCAUCUCGCAAUACCGCAUCCCCAAAGACGUACUCCUCUUGUUGUCCCUGUACACGAUGGGGAGAGACGAGAAGCAUUUCAAACACGGGGGAGAAUUCAAACCCGAAAGAUGGAAGGAGGUUGGGGUUGAGUCUCGUUUUGCCUUCCUCCCUUUCGGAGCUGGGAGAAGGUCAUGCGUCGGCAAGAAAAUUGCACUAAUCAACAUGCACCUUCUUCUCUCCACAGUGCUGAGGCAUUACAACCUGGAAGCAUUGAAUGAGAGUGAAGUGAAGUACGAAAUGCGCCUCAUCGGAGUUCCAUCAGAGUCUAUCAAAAUCCGCCUUUCUCCCCUUCCACGUCAAUCAUGACUCAUAUUGGAUGUCGAAGUUUCACAUUCUGUAUACUGUGAGGGCACGAAACUGAAAUUUUCAGAAAAUAUAUCCGAUUAAGAUCCUCG